AGGAUAACGCUACAGAAUUUAUUUUGUGAUAACGAGAAUAUAAUUGAGUUCAGUCUUCAGUGUUCAUUUGAUUGAUAACACUGAAGAAAAUUUUAAAUUUUGUUGAAAUUUCUAAUUUUUUAUUUAAACGGCUAUUGUUGGGCAUGUUAAUAUUCGUUCAGUUUUCAGGUUUAUGAAUCCUCAUUAUGGAGACGUAUUACGUGUGCAAUGGAAAUCUAGUUAAACGAGACACUGAAAUUGAUUCUAAAGAUAUAUUUGUCAUUGAAGAACCAUUUGAAACAUAUGACAAUAAUAUUAUUCAAGAUGAACCGCCACAACUUGAAGCUGAUAUUCUUGAAGAAUCUCGAAAAAGAAAUUGUCGAGAAUGGAGUCAAUAUGAAACAAAGAUUCUUUUGGAUAUGUUUAGACGAAAUGUUACUCAAGUAGGACCGAUGAAAAAAUUUAAAAGUAAACGAGAAAUGUUCAAAUGUAUAGCACAAACAAUAUCUACUAAAUUAAACAUCACCAGAAGUGCUCAUCAAUGUGAAAAUAGAUAUAAAACGGUAGUAAAUCAACGAAAAGUUGGAUGUUCAAUAUUACAAAAGUCUGUGUCAAAUGUCGAAAAGAAAUUAAAUGAAGAAGAAAGAUCUCAAAAUGAUGUAUCAGCUUCAGUGUCAGCAGAUCAUGAUUAUAAUGGACAAAACUCUGGAACUAAUGGUCAAUGCACUAUGAAAUCUUUGAAUGAAUGGGGUGUUGAUGAUACUAAGCUUCUAAUGGAAUUGUACAGAAAGAACAUUUCUAAAGUUGGACUGGAAAGAACAUUCAGGACUAAAUUAAAAAUGUUUGAGUAUAUAGCAGAUACCAUUAAUAAUAUACUAAAUAUCACAAGAACUGCUGAGCAAUGUCUAAAUAGAUAUAAAACCAUAUUUAGAAGAAAAAAAUGUAAACAGAAUAGAUUAAACAAUGAUAUGUCCAUAAACAAUAUAGUUAUAGAAGAUAAUUUAAAUAACAGUGAUAAUUCAAACUGUGAUACACAUUUUGUUGAUGAUUUGUAUGAAUCUGAAUUUAACACUCACAUUUAUGAUGGAAAAACAUUAAGAAAGGUUGUUAAGCAGCCAAAGAUAGUUCCUAAACUAUUAUCCAAAGAGCCUGAUACUAGUCAGGAUACAGUGUUGACAAGGACUCUGAGGGAGAUUGCCAACCAAAAAGAAAGGACGCUAUUAAAAAUUGCAGCAAACCAAGAGCGUGCAGAAGAACGAAGGCAUCAAGAAACUUUGACACUUAUCCGACAACUUGGUGAAACUAUUGUUCAAUACAUUGGAAAUCAACAAGGUGUUACAUCUGAACAGCAUUAUUAAAUGAUAUUUUCCAAAAAAAAUUGUGACUUACACAUGUUUUAAGUUUCACUUAUAAAAACAGUACACAAUUUAAAGAUAUUUUGUAUAUUGGCACAAGUAUUUUAUUCUUCAACAAAUUAUUAAAAAUCUAAUGUUUUGAUACUAACUAAAAAUCAAAUAAUAUAAACCAAAUUUAUUUUAACAAAUAUUACUUUAAAUGAAGAUAAUGAAAAAUAAUAUCAACCAUUAAUUAAUGUGUCCUGCCUUUAUAAUAUGUAUUUACUAUUAUUUUUAUUUUUUAGAAGAGUUAUAUUUUUGUAAAUUUAAGAUUAUUAAAAAUUAAAUUGUUAAUUGUUAAGAUGUGACAUUUAUGUCAUCUCAUGUUCUCAUUGGUUCUAAUUGAACAAACGUUUGAUUUUAUUUUUAUAUAUUUAUAAAUUAAAAAUAUAUUUUGUUUUCCUAA